AACAAGAACAUGGGGGACAUGACACCAGCAGAGGAGAUGGAGCUCAGGCCUCCUUGCUGCCAUCUGUUUGACUGCAGCAUGAGGAAUGAAGCAACAAGACUGAGGACUUUUCGGCAGUGGCCAGCAACCUCACCUGUAUCUCCUCGAGAUUUGGUCAAGGCUGGCUUUUUCUUUGUGGGUCCAAGAGAUGAAGUACAGUGUUUCUGCUGUGGUGGUGUCCUGAAGGACUGGGCACCUGGGGAUUGCCCGGUAGCAGAGCACCUGAAGUUCUUCCCUUUCUGUGAGUUCAUUUGUGGUGAGGAUAUUAGGGUCCAAAAGAUGUUUCCUCUUCCGGUUGUCUCGGAUGCUGUAGAUGGGCAGUUCCUCAGCUUUUUGCACGGGAUAGAAAGAGAGGAGGCAGCUCUGCCCUAUGAACCACACUCCCCAGAGAUGGUGACAGAGGAGGCCAGGCUAUUGACAUUUCGGAACUGGCCACGAUAUGCUGGCGUGCAUCCUGAGGAUCUGGCUAGAGCAGGAUUCUUUUACACAGGACAACGUGAUGUAGUGAGGUGCUUUUACUGUAAUGGAGGCGUGAGGAGCUGGUCGUUUGGAGAUGAUCCUUGGUGGGAACAUGCCAGAUGGUAUCCAGGGUGUGACUUCUUACUGCGGACAAGGGGGAGAGACUAUGUUAGCAGUGUUCUGGAGUCCUUGCCUAACAUCUCACCUCCAAGACAUUCCUGGGAUCUGCCUGAAUGGGAUUCUUCUGCUUCCCAAGAUCCUCUGAGGAACUGGGAAUUGCAGGCUCUUCAUUGCCUGGAUCAGUUUACGGUAGUGCAGAAUGUCCUGGAGAUGGGCUUUGACCUCAUCUGGGGGGUUAACCUGGUAGAGAAUAAAUACAUGCUGACUAGGACUUUCUACCUCUCUGAGUCUGAACUGGUUGCUGAUCUGCUUCAGUCAGACUGGGAGGAGAAUGCUGUUCAGAGAGGCACUGGAGCAUCAAGUUCAAGAGAAGAAAUGCAAUCUGUGCAAGAGAAGGAAUCAGAGGAGUCUCGGCUCAGCACAGAAGAGCAGCUCCGUCGCCUGCAAGAGGAGAGGAUGUGCAAAGUGUGCCUGGACAAGGAUGUGUCAGUUGUGUUUGUUCCUUGUGGCCACCUGGUAACAUGUGGGGAAUGUGCCCUCAAUCUGAGGUUGUGUCCUAUCUGCAGAGCGGUCAUCCAGGACAGUGUGAGGACGUUCAUGUCCUGA